CUCAGGAUCAGUUUGAAAACUAUCGUGGUUGCGCGAAAUACUAAUGUUCAAAAUGUGUCGGUAGAUGUUCUUGUUUUUACGGUGAUUAUUAUGGCUUUCCCAAAAAGUUUUCUGGUGCUUCCAACAUUGAUCAGUGCUUUUGGAUUACUCAAAAGUGAGAAUAUAAUUCCAAGUCCGAAAAUAGAUUUCCCGCAUUUGGAGGAUGCUCUUGAAAAGGGCAGUAACUACACCAUUUUCUGCGAAGGUAAUUCCAGAUUGAGCUGGUCUACGCCUUCCGUGAAAGAUGAUGAAUAUCUAUUUUACACUCAGGUGAAAUUUAGGGAGGCUAAACCUCGACAUGAUAAGUACAAAUAUGCUUCGGAGUUGCUGAUAACGAACAUCACCUUUCCUUUUGUUGGAUUUUACACUUGCUAUGAAAGUCCUCAACAUUUCAGCCAACUAUAUCUUUAUGUCCACGAUGAAGAACAUCUUUCAGUGGAAAACAAAGAUCUGGAAAGUAUUGUAGUGACACAAUACAGCGAUGCUGUGAUACCUUGUAGACCAACAUUCCCUGAUGUUUCUGUCAACUUAACGAAAGUCAGUGGAGAUGAAGAAAUUCAGAUUAAGAUAGGAUAUCUAUACGAGGACGGUACGAUGUUCCAAUACAAUAGAAUGUAUGGAUUCUUGACCAAUGCUACCAAUCAGGUGGAGAUGACGUUCUUCAGAUGUUACUUCACCAGAGGAAAUCAAACAUUUGACUACCCAAUUUUGAUGGAGAAAGAAAUUAUAACUGAUUCCUUGGCUCAACCGUUCAUCGAAGAAGUGAAUAAAAAGUUGCACAACGUUGUAGGUGAUACAGUUGAACUAAAAUGUAUGAUUAAAUCACAGGUCCACACCACAAUUGUGUGGGAGACUCCGAUUCGAAAAAUUGAUGAAAGAAUGUCGGUUUCUCCUCUGCAGAGAGAUUCAGACUAUUCUGAUAUGUAUUUUCAAACUCUGACCAUUAGAAAUGUUAGUUUGAGGGAUAAAGGAAGAUAUUGGUGUAAAGCUAGUGACAAUCAGGACCACACCAAUGAAAAUAGCAUCGAUUUGACAAUUUAUGAUUCUAACGAUCACUUCCUUCGUCUCAUUGAGGAGAAUGGGUCCUACCAAAUUUCUGAGGAAGCAGGAGCCCCAUCUGUCCAAUGGAGAAUUGACAUCGAUGCUCAUCCAGAGCCAAAUAUUACAUGGCUCGACAACAAGAACGAACUGAUCCCUCUAGGAGUUUCCAAUAAAUAUGAAACUAGAUUAUCGGCAGAAAACGCAUUUCUGAUGAUCAAGGAUAUCACCAUACUAGAUUUUGGGAACUAUACGUUGGUAGCCCAGAACAAAUAUGACACUGAGAUCCUUACUCUAUUCCUCAACGUCACAGAUAAACCUACGAUUGAAUUGAGCUCAGAAAAAGACUUCCAAAUGAAAAAUGAGAAAUCUGUUGUGACUUGCACUGUGGCUGCCUAUCCUGAGCCUGUGAUUUUUUGGGAGUUCAGACCAUGUUUGACCAACACUUGUGCCUAUGUUGCGUUGAAAAGUGUUGGCUAUCAUCAAAAUGGACUCAAGUUCAUUUCUAAUAUGACAGUACAAAUUGAACAAUCUGGCGUUAUAAGAUGCAUGGCUAACAAUUCCAAAGGGCAGGACGUUAAGGAGAUUGGACUAUAUGUAUCCGAUGUUAAGAAUGGUUUCGACAUAUUCGGCUUAGAUGAAGAAGUCGUUUAUGAUCAGAAAGGACACAAUGCUUUAGUUGCUAUAGGAGAGUCCGUUACAUUAACUUGUGGUGCUUAUGUCCAAAAUUUCUCACAAGAAAUAGAAUGGCGAAGAAAUUCCGAGAAAAUAAUCUCAAACAACAAAUAUACCUUACAGAGGAGCCAUACAAAAUUCAGCAAUAGAUCUCUGUUAACAAUUCACAAUAUGACGCACAUAGACAAUGGAAUCUACACAUGUGUUCUUUUCGAUAUUGAAGAUGGAGAAAAAAAAGAGAUCAAAAGAAGAAAUAUAUCCUUUCACGUUGAAAGAUCCAUGGCUCCAACCUUAAACCGCUCAAAUCUGAAUGAAACUGUUGAAAUCAUUUAUGGUGCUAGACUUGAGCUAGUUUGUGAGUUCAUAGGCUUGCCUAAGCCGACUAUAACAUGGUUCAAGAAUAACGAAUUAUUCCACGCUUCUGAGUCUAGAAUGACAAUGGAAGAUGAUAAUCAGAAGUUGAUAUUUGCAAAUACUCUUCCUCCAGAUGAAGGAACAUACAAAUGUGAAGGGAAGAAUAUUUUAGGCAGUGAAUCGAAGGAAAUGGUACUAUCUUUCAAAAAUAAAUUUGGAAAACACUGGUACAUAAUUAUCAUUGGCAUCCUCAUCUUUGCAAUAUUCUCAGCCUGCAUCAUAAUCUACAUCAAGGACAACAGGAAGAAGAAAUUGGAGAAAGUCCUAAUGGAGGCUGGAUUAGCAAAUUUCGAGAAAGGUCAACUGGAAAAUCUCAACCCAGAGCUUGGAAUAGACGAUCAAGCUGAACUUUUACCUUACGAUAAAAAAUGGGAAUUUCCUAUACAGAAUUUGAAAUUAGGAAAACAAUUAGGAGCUGGUGCAUUCGGUGUGGUAAUGAAAGGUGAAGCAAGGGGCAUUUUAGAAGACGAAGCUGUCACCACAGUGGCUGUAAAAAUGGUCAAACGAAAUGCCGAACAUACCUACGUCAAAGCACUAGCUUCAGAAUUGAAAAUUAUGGUACAUCUAGGGAAGCACCUCAAUGUAGUGAAUUUACUAGGUGCUUGCACAAAAAAUGUUGCCAAAAGAGAACUUUUAGUGAUAGUCGAAUAUUGCAAAUUCGGAAAUUUGCAUAAUUACCUUUAUAGACAUAGAGAUAAUUAUAUAAAUCAAGUAGAUCCUCAAACUGGCAGAAUAGACUUUUCAAUAGGUGCAGAUAUAUUGGAGAGAAGCUAUUCUUUAGCUAGCAGCAAAAGUGCAUAUCCAAUGAAAUAUGCAGCGCUCUCAUUCAGAAGCAACAGUGGUAAAUCCAAUGUAGACAGUAGACGAGACAGUGAACUGUGUAAUACAGCAAAGACAGAAUCUACUAUUGUUAGUAUGACGCCCAAUACAGACCAAAUUUCAGCUGAGGAAGGAUUAACUUCCAAUAGCGGCAAUAAUAUUCAGCCCGAAUGGCGUAGCAACUACAAAGCAGACUACAAAGGCACUGUGAGGCCUAUAGCAACUAAAGAUCUCCUAGCCUGGGCUUUCCAAGUGUCCAGAGGGAUGGAAUACCUCGCCUCAAGGAAAGUUCUCCACGGAGAUCUAGCAGCCAGAAACAUCCUUCUCACAGACGACAACGUGGUCAAGAUUUGUGAUUUUGGACUGGCCAAAAGCAUGUACAAGAGUGAUAAUUAUAAGAAGAAUAGUGAUGGUCCCCUUCCAGUGAAAUGGAUGGCAGUUGAAUCUAUCAGAGAUCGAGUUUUCUCCACACAAUCCGAUGUGUGGUCUUUUGGUAUCGUUCUUUGGGAGUUCUUCUCUCUCGCUAGAACACCUUAUCCAGGAAUGGAAGCUGAUGAAAGACUUUAUGCCAAACUUGUUGAAGGCUACAGGAUGGAAUCGCCUGAGUUUGCAACAAAAGAAGCGUAUCGCCUGAUGCUGGAUUGCUGGUCUGCGAAACCAAUGAAUAGGCCGUCCUUCACAAAAUUGGCAGAACGGCUUGGAUCUAUGCUUGAAGACAGUGUCAGAAAGCAUUACAUCGAUCUCAACGACCCGUACCUGAUGAUGAACACCCAGCGUCUAGAAAAUGGACAAGAUGACUAUCUAGCGAUGGUCAGUCCACCCAACUUCGAAAACCUGUCAUCUCCCCAGCACUACGUCAACGAACUAGAGCAAUCCUCUGGGUAUUUGAGCAUGAAGAGUCCGACCAUCUUCAGCCCAAGACCAGGAGAAGAACAUGUGUUUACUUUCGAAGCCAAAAGAAGAAACAGUCACGACAAUGACGAAAAUUCGCCAGAACUUGCCCCAAUGUUAGAGAAUGGGAGAACUCCCUGCACAAGCCCAGUACCUUACAGUUUUGCCAACCCUUCAUAUCACCUGCCACCAAACAUAUGUGACGAUUCAAUGCGUAGUGACAAAGACAUUGUUAAGUCAUCUGAUAAUUAUGUUAAUAUGCCCCAGAAUAAAAGUCUGGUGAAAGAAAAGACUGACGGUCAUCCCAAUAUAAAAGUGGAUGAGGAUACCAAAGAUGUCCACUAUGUCAACAGUAGUAGUAGAGACUGGGAAACCAUUAUAGUUUGAGUGUUGCUAUGUACCUGAUGGAAUCGAAUCCUUUGUGAUAAUAGUUAAAAUGCUGCGUGGCACUUUAAGAUUUUAUCGGUCUUGCAGUAUUUUUUCUAAUUAACUUUGGACUUUUACCAAUUAGGAUUAGUCCACCUAACAAACUCUUGAAAGACUUAAAUGUUCUCAAUUCUGUACUGUAUUUAUCUCUAGAAGGAAGCUUGGAAGAUCAUACUUUGAGUUCAUUCAAAUCCUUAAUCAUAUUGAGAUUCAGUGCUCAGUGAAAACAGCGGCGCAUCCAAGAAUUGAGUCCAAGGGGCUAAGUGAUGGUAAUAUGGCGAACGAUAAGAAAUUAUGUUCCUUUUUCAAAAACUGUCAGAACUAUUCUAUCGUUUUUCUCUAGUUUAUGCCAAAUAUAUUACUUUCAGUACAAAUUGAAAAUAUUUUCCUGGCAGGGUGUAUGCAUAUUAUAACCCCUUGUGGAUGCGCCUCUGGUAUAUGAGACAGAAUCCUGUCAUAUUACACAAGUGAGUGUGAGAGAUUUGUAGAACACUAACUGACAGUUAUGUGUUAUUUGUAGAUAUUACGAGCGAUAUCAACAAAAAUUCUUCGUAAAAUGCUUUAAGAAUCAUUUCCUGAUAUUUUAUGAAAUUUGAAGAAUCUGCUUAUAUUUAUAACUAUUAGUGUUUUGCAGGAAAUUUUUAUACGUAGAAUAAGAUGAAAUUUAUCUUAUAUUGCCUCUUAUUAUUCCUAUUGGAAAAAAAAACUAGGUAAAUCUUUCGAGGAAAUCGAAAUUUUUUUUGACUCCUGUUGAAGUUGAAAAGAUUUUAUCUUUCUGCAAAUCAACGAAUGCAUGAUCGAAAUAUGCCAUAAAGUUCAUUUUGACAUUCAUUUUUAGUCUAUAUGUCAACAUUGUAUGUACAAAUUUAUAAUUAUAAUAUUUUUCUGAA